GCUCGGAAAGGUCUCCUUGCAUCUGUUCAUGAUUCAGAUUUGUGGAAGAGGAACACAAUGAAUUUGACAAACCUUGCCCUGGCAAUCCUGUGCCUGUGUGUUUCCAUGGCACAAGCCACGAAAUACGGCGUCCGGAGUCAGCAGCAGCUUUACCCCGGAAAACCCGUUCGCUCUCCCGUAGGAGCCUAUGGGACCCACCCCUCAUUAGGACCCAAGCCUCUACCAGCUGGUCCUUUGGGAGGUGGUGGGCUUGGAGCGCUGUACCGCAAUCAAAUGGUGUACGACUUUGGAGCGGAAUGCCCAGUGCCUGUGAACGUCAGCGCGGUUUAUUAUAACUACCGAGAUUCGUUCAUCUUUGAUAUGCCUUCUCACGCUGACAAAACCCGAUAUGAAAAUGAUCUCAAGAAGUACGCUCCUCAGCAUUAUGACUUGGCGAACAAGUUGGGUCAAGCCUACAGCCCGAGAGAAAAGCCACAAUUGCACGGGUACUCUAUGAAGAAGUGUGACAUGUGCCCAGACAAGAAGUCUAGAGUGGUGGGAUUCAAGUGGAACCCUAACGCCGACUACAACGCCAACUCUAACUACCACGCCAGCUCGUACCAGUGCUGGAUCUACUGGCCCCAGGCACCCGUCUACUACGUCGAAUGCGCCACCAAGUACUGUAACAAGCCGCGGGUGUUCGGGUGGAUCCACCGCUGUAACCCGGACAACUUCCAAACCCGCACCGUGCUGGCCUGCUGCUACGACGCGUACACUAAUGCGUACUCCAAGGCCGCGUGGUUCGAGCUUGAUCUUCCUCAGAGCUGUGAGUGCUACGACUACGCAUGCCCACACGACAGUCAGAAGGUGUACUGAUUGGUCGGUGAAACGCCUAGAGAAAAAGAUUUUAAAAUAAUUGCCAAUAUAUGGCAAUUUUAAUUGAGAGGCGUUCUUAAUAUAUUUUGCCCCCCUUUCUUAACGCGUUUGGCUCACUAUUUCUAUGCACUCCACGUUAUUUAUGAGACUUUAAAGAUAUAUCCAGCUCAUUCGAUGCCCCUUUUCCAUUUAAUAUUUUAGAAUUAUCAAAUAUUAAACUUAAUCUUUGGCACAGUCAUUGUUUGGUACCCAAAUUAUUAACAAUAUCAAUUAGUAUUACU